AUGGCCAGGCUGGCCGACUACUUCAUUGUAGUCGGCUACGACCACGAGAAGCCAGGGUCAGGAGCAGGUCUGGGAAAAAUAAUCCAGAGAUUUCCACAGAAGGACUGGGAUGAUACACCUUUUCCACAAGGAAUUGAAUUGUUUUGUCAGCCUGGCGGAUGGCAGCUGUCCAGAGAGAGGAAGCAGCCAACGUUUUUUGUGGUGGUCCUGACAGAUAUUGACUCAGAUCGACAUUACUGCUCGUGCUUAACCUUUUAUGAAGCAGAGAUCAAUCUUCAGGGAACAAAGAAGGAAGAGACUGAAGGUGAAGUGGAAGUGUCUGGUUUAAUUCAGCCUGCAGAAGUGUUUGCUCCCAAAAGCCUGGUGUUGGUAUCCAGAUUAGAUUAUCCAGAAAUUUUUAGGGCUUGUCUGGGUUUGAUCUACACUGUAUAUGUGGACAGUCUGAAUGUCUCCUUGGAAAGUCUCAUUGCAAACUUGUGUGCGUGUCUUGUCCCAGCGGCUGGAGGGUCUCAGAAGCUGUUUUCCUUGGGUGCAGGAGACAGACAACUGAUCCAGACUCCCUUGCAUGAUAGUCUUCCUGUCACAGGAACUAGUGUGGCCCUCCUGUUCCAGCAGUUAGGAAUUCAAAAUGUCCUCAGCCUCUUUUGUGCAGUCCUUACAGAAAAUAAGGUUCUCUUCCAUUCUGCAAGUUUCCAGAGACUUAGUGAUGCUUGUAGAGCCCUGGAGUCAUUAAUGUUUCCUCUUAAAUAUAGUUACCCUUAUAUUCCUAUUCUCCCGGCUCAGCUCCUGGAAGUUCUGAGUUCCCCAACGCCUUUCAUUAUUGGAGUACAUUCUGUCUUUAAAACUGAUGUUCAUGAACUUUUAGAUGUAAUCAUAGCUGAUUUGGAUGGAGGCACUAUUAAAAUUCCUGAAUGUAUUCACCUCUCUUCCCUUCCGGAACCACUUCUACAUCAGACUCAAGCAGCUCUUUCUUUGAUUCUACACCCAGAUUUGGAAGUAGCAGAUCAUGCUUUUCCCCCUCCACGAACAGCUUUAUCCCACUCAAAAAUGCUGGAUAAGGAAGUGCGUGCAGUUUUUCUUAGAUUAUUUGCACAACUUUUCCAAGGAUAUAGAUCAUGCUUACAGCUUAUAAGAAUUCAUGCAGAACCAGUAAUACAUUUUCACAAGACAGCUUUCUUGGGACAGCGUGGUCUAGUUGAGAAUGAUUUCCUCACUAAAGUUCUCAAUGGAAUGGCAUUUGCAGGUUUUGUUUCAGAAAGAGGUCCUCCCUAUAGAUCCUGUGAUCUCUUUGAUGAGGUGGUAGCUUUUGAAGUAGAGCGAAUUAAAGUUGAAGAAAAUAACCCAAUGAAGAUGAUAAAGCAUGUCAGAGAACUUGCUGAGCAACUAUUUAAAAAUGAGAAUCCAAACCCUCAUAUGGCAUUUCAGAAAGUUCCACGCCCAACAGAAGGAUCCCACUUGCGAGUUCAUAUUCUUCCUUUCCCUAAAAUUAAUGAAACUCGGGUACAGGAAUUAAUACAGGAAAAUCUUGCUAAGAAUCAAAAUGCACCUCCUGCUUCAAGAGUGGAAAAGAAAUGUGUUGUGCCUGCAGGUCCACCUGUUGUUUCAAUAAUGGAUAAAGUGACAACAGUUUUCAACAGUGCACAGAGAUUGGAAGUUGUUAGAAACUGCAUUUCAUUCAUAUUUGAAAAUAAAACAUUGGAGACUGAAAAGACCCUUCCUGCUGCACUGAGAGCCCUUAAAGGAAAGGCAGCAAGACAGUGUCUCACUGAUGAGCUGGGUUUACAUGUUCAGCAGAACCGGGCAAUACUAGAUCAUCAGCAGUUUGACUACAUAAUAAGGAUGAUGAACUGUACUCUACAGGAUUGUUCCAGUUUAGAAGAAUAUAACAUUGCUGCAGCAUUACUCCCUCUGACUAGUGCUUUCUAUAGGAAACUGGCCCCUGGAGUCAGCCAGUUUGCUUACACCUGUGUACAGGAUCACCCCAUUUGGACGAAUCAGCAGUUUUGGGAGACAACCUUUUAUAAUGCGGUGCAGGAACAGGUUCGCUCCCUGUAUCUCUCGGCCAAGGAGGACAAUCAUGCCCUGCCUCUGAAGCAAAAGGAUAAACUUCCUGAUGACCAAUAUCAAGAGAAGACAGCAAUGGACCUGGCAGCUGAGCAGCUACGCCUUUGGCCUACUCUGAGCAAAUCAACUCAGCAGGAGCUGGUGCAGCGUGAGGAAAGCACUGUCUUUAGUCAAGCCAUUCACUUUGCAAACCUCAUGGUCAAUCUGCUGGUUCCGCUGGAUUCAAGUAAAAACAAGCUCCUAAGAGCGUCAGCCCCAGGAGACUGGGAGAGUGGAAGCAACAGCAUUGUCACUAACAGUAUUGCAGGAAGUGUAGCUGAGAGCUAUGAUACAGAAAGUGGGUUUGAAGAUUCAGAGAAUAAUGACAUUGCCAAUUCUGUUGUGCGUUUCAUUACUCGAUUUAUUGACAAAGUUUGUACGGAGAGUGGAGUUACUCAGGAUCAUAUCAAGAGCCUGCAUUGCAUGAUACCAGGAAUUGUAGCUAUGCACAUUGAAACCCUAGAAGCAGUGCAUCGAGAGAGUAGAAGACUUCCACCUAUUCAGAAGCCCAAGAUUCUUAGACCUGCUCUACUGCCAGGAGAAGAAAUUGUUUGUGAAGGCCUUCGAGUCCUACUGGAUCCUGAUGGGAGAGAAGAAGCCGCUGGAGGCCUUCUUGGAGGCCCUCAGCUCCUGCCAGCAGAAGGAGCGUUGUUCCUUACCACAUACAGAAUUCUGUUCAGAGGGACUCCCCAUGAUCAACUAGUUGGUGAGCAGACAGUUGUACGAAGUUUCCCCAUUGCCUCCAUCACCAAGGAGAAGAAGAUCACAAUGCAGAAUCAACUACAACAGAACAUGCAAGAAGGACUGCAGAUCACAUCGGCGUCUUUCCAGUUGAUUAAAGUAGCAUUUGAUGAAGAAGUGAGUCCAGAAGUAGUAGAGAUCUUUAAGAAACAGCUGAUGAAGUUUCGUUAUCCUCAGUCCAUUUUUACCACCUUUGCUUUUGCUGCUGGACAAACUACCCCGCAAAUCAUUUUACCCAAGCAGAAGGAAAAGAACACUUCCUUUCGCACUUUCUCAAAAACAAUUGUGAAAGGUGCUAAAAGGGCAGGCAAAAUGACAAUUGGGCGGCAGUAUUUAUUGAAGAGGAGGACAGGGACAAUUGUGGAAGAGAGAGUGAACCGUCCUGGAUGGAAUGAAGAAGAUGACAUAUCUGUUUCAGAUGAUAGUGAACUCCCCACGAGUACCACUCUGAAGGCCUCGGAGAAAUCUACAAUGGAACAGCUAGUAGAAAAAGCUUGUUUCAGAGACUAUCAGCGUUUAGGUUUGGGAACCAUAAGUGGCAGCUCUUCUCGCUCUAAACCAGAGUACUUUCGAAUCACUGCCUCUAACAGGAUGUAUUCACUCUGCCGGAGCUAUCCUGGCCUUUUAGUUGUACCUCAAGCUGUACAGGACAAUAGUUUACCAAGAGUAGCCCGCUGCUAUCGACAUAAUCGCCUGCCUGUUGUAUGUUGGAGAAACUCAAGAAGCAGUACCCUGCUCCUCCGAUCUGGAGGAUUCCAUGGGAAGGGAGUGGUUGGCCUUUUCAAGUCUCAGAACUCCCCUCAGGCAGCUCCUACCUCCUCUUUAGAAUCUUCCAGUAGCAUAGAACAAGAGAAGUACUUGCAAGCAUUACUGAGUGCAGUUUCUGUCCAUCAGAAACUCAGUGGCAAUAACCCUCUUACUGUCAGGCCAACACUUGCUCUGUCUCCAGGGACUGAAAGGAGGACUUCAAGAAUGUCCACUGUGCUUAAGCAGGUAGUGCCAGGACAUUUGGAUGUAAACCCAUCCAAUAGCUUUGCUCGAGGAGUGCAUGGGUACAGAGAUAAAUGUUUUACUCAGUCCAAUCCCAAAUCUUCAGCUAAGGGAAGAGUCCAUAAUCAAGGUGUUUGGGCAAGUCUUCGCUCUAGCACUCGCCUGAUCAGCUCUCCAACAUCCUUCAUUGAUGUUGGCGCCCGGCUGGCAGGCAAGGAUCACUCCACCUCCUUCAGUAACAGCACUUACCUGCAAAACCAGCUUUUGAAACGUCAAGCAGCCCUUUAUAUAUUUGGUGAGAAGUCACAGCUAAGGAACUUCAAGUUAGAAUUUGCUUUAAAUUGUGAGUUUGUGCCUGUUGAAUAUCAUGACAUCCGACAAGUGAAAGCCAGUUUCAAAAAGCUGAUGAGGGCUUGUGUCCCAAGUGCCAUCCCUACUGACUCAGAAGUGACCUUCCUAAGAGCCCUGGGAGACUCUGAGUGGUUCCCACAGCUUCAUAGGAUAUUGCAGCUGGCUGUGGUUGUUUCAGAAGUACUUGAGAAUGGUUCCUCAGUUUUGGUGUGUUUGGAAGAAGGCUGGGACAUCACUGCACAAGUGACCUCCCUGGUUCAGUUACUCAGUGAUCCCUUUUAUAGGACGCUUGAAGGCUUCCGGAUGCUGGUCGAAAAGGAGUGGCUCUCUUUUGGUCAUAAAUUCAGUCAGCGGAGCAGCUUGACCCUCAGCUGUCAGGGCAGUGGUUUCACUCCAAUCUUCCUACAGUUCUUAGACUGUGUACACCAGGUUCACAACCAGUAUCCAACAGAGUUUGAAUUCAAUCUCUAUUACUUAAAGUUCUUGGCUUUCCACUAUGUGUCUAAUCGCUUUAAAACAUUUCUCCUGGAUUCAGACUAUGAAAGAUUAGAGCACGGAACUUUAUUUGAUGAUAAAGGAGACAAGCAUGCCAAAAAAGGAAUUUGUAUUUGGGAGUGUAUUGAUAGAAUGCACAAGAGGAGUCCCAUUUUCUUUAAUUAUUUAUAUUCACCAGUGGAAAUAGAGGCCCUGAAGCCCAAUGUAAACGUUUCCAGCCUCAAGAAGUGGGAUUACUAUAUAGAGGAGACGCUUUCCACGGGGCCCUCGUACGACUGGAUGAUGCUGACCCCCAAGCAGCUGCCCUCCGAGGACUCUGAGCUGGCCGGAGGAGCCAGGCCCCAGAGCCAGAGGAGAACCGUGUGGCCGUGCUACGAUGAUGUCAGCUGCGCUCAGCCCGAUGCUCUCACCAGCCUUUUCAGUGAAAUUGAAAGACUGGAGCAUAAAUUGAACCAAACCCCUGAGAAGUGGCAGCAGCUGUGGGAACGGGUAAACGUGGACCUUAAAGAAGAGCCCAGAGCAGACCAUCCCCAGAGAUACCCUUCGGGCUCCCCAGGAACUGUGUCCACCAACCUCCCUUCUUAUCAGAAGAGGCCUCAGCUGCACCUUCCAGACAGCAACCUGGCAGAGGAGCAGAGCACUGGUGUGCCCCCAUCCAACGGGGUGGACCGCAGAGCAGCCACACUGUACAGCCAGUACACGUCCAAGAACGACGAGAACAGGUCCUUUGAGGGAACGCUGUACAAAAGAGGGGCUUUGCUGAAAGGUUGGAAGCCCCGUUGGUUUGUUUUGGAUGUAACAAAGCAUCAGCUGCGAUACUAUGACUCGGGUGAGGACACAAGCUGUAAAGGCCACAUCGACCUGGCUGAAGUAGAAAUGGUCAUCCCUGCUGGCCCCAGCAUGGGCGCCCCGAAGCACACGAGUGACAAGGCUUUCUUUGAUCUCAAGACCAGCAAACGUGUGUAUAACUUCUGUGCCCAGGAUGGGCAGAGUGCCCAGCAGUGGAUGGACAGGAUCCAGAGCUGUAUCUCUGAUGCCUGA